AUGUCUAAAGAACGACGAAAAGUCAUUUUUCCAGGCGAACUCCCAUCUUUGCAUGUUCCUGUAAAAGCUUCUCCUCAAAAGAAGCGAGGCCUGCCCACAACUUUGAGCUCAUUUUUGCCAUCAAAAGAUAUUAUGAAUAUCCGAAAAUCUCAGCGAAAAAUCGCACUUUUUUCCGCAAUUAUUUCAAUUUCUACUAUUGUGUUUGCUUUUAUUGAAAAUGAAGAAGAAUAUUCCAAUCAUCAGACUACUAGUACUACAAGCAACAUUCUUCGAUGAUUUAUCAUGAUUUUAACUGGUUUACAUAUAUAUUGCAUUUUCAAAUAUUACUCAGGGAUUAUUGAAAUUAAAAAAGCUUAUAAAGAAAUCACAAAGAAAAGCAAAAUACAAUAUGAUUAUAAACUGAUGAAAUAUAUGAUUAUCGAGAUGCUUUCCACCUGCUUUUUGGUUCCCCCUUAUAUUGACUGAAAAGAAAAAUUUCAUCAAUUAGAUACAUAUGCAAUUGUAUCAGUUUCCGAUAUUAUAUAUAUUUUAUCCUUCCUACGGCUUUACCAUAUAGGAAAACUUUUAUUUGAGAUUUCUUCGUUUAAUUCUGCAAAGGCUUAUUUUUAUUCUUCCUUGCAAAACACUAAAACUUCAGUUUCGUUCACACUGAAAUGCUAUAUGCAGAUGAAUUCCUUUUUAUGCAUGGUUUUAUUAUCAGCUAUAUUAACAAUUACUGGCGGGCUGAUUUUGCAUGUAUUAGAAAGAACCACCCCAACAAGUUCAUUUGACUAUAUAUGAGAUGCAUUUUGAAUACUCUGCCAGACCCAAGAAACUGCUGGUUAUGGCGAUAUUAUACCGAAAACCCAUUUAGGUCGUGCUGUAGUCGUUAUAGCAUGCACAUUUGGAACUUUUUUUGUAUCUUCGAUGGUAAUUGCAGUAAGAGAACUGACCUCGUUUUCUGAUGAUGAAAUAAAAUUUUAUUCAUUAGUCAAAUAUAAAAAGCACAUCAAAGAAAAACUAGUUGAUUUGGCUGUACUUGUAAUACAAAGGUGAUGGAAAUAUGCGAAACUUCGGGUAGCAAAAGAGCCAAGAAUUAAAUUUCUUACUGCUUAUCGAACUGCUUCUAAUAAAUUUCACUUCAGCCGGACGCAAAUAAAGAUUCAAAGAAAUCCUUUAUUUCGCGAGCAAAUGAAUGAAAUAAGUACGAUGACUGAUACAGUCAUGAAAAAAAUGCAGGACUAUCUUAAAAAUUCAAGAAUCUAUGAAAGCUUAGGAGCUCAUUUUCUCAAAGACGAGUUCACAAUUUUAGAAAAAAUUAAAGCAAUAAAUAAGAAUUUAGUUAAAAUCCUGAAACCUGACAGGAAAAAGCAUACAACUUUAGCACUCCCAAUAGAUGAAAUAAGGCAAAACUCUUCUCAUUCAAGCAAUGGAAGUAAUAGCAGCAGAGCUGCUAUGAAAGGAAGAAGGCAAAGCGCAGUUAAAAAAAUGAUUAUGAAUAGGCUUGGGUCGUUUGAUUUUAGGGAUAAAAGGAGUAUAAUCUCUGAAAUAUUGUAGAUCAUUAUGAUCAUCCAUUUUAAUUUUCAAAAUUAAUUUGCACUUGUCAGAUUUUUUGAAAAGUAAAAACGAAAAUGACAAAUCUCCGUUUAUGGUUUUAAGAUGCCUAAUCAAACUUAGACUGUUAUAAGGCAGUGCCUUGGAUUAUAUUUUUUCUGAUCGGUAUUCUGCUGGAGUAUAGCGAUCUAUUAUUGCACAUGAAUUAUAAAAGCGCUCUUGGCCAAAUAGUUUCAUUAUCAGGGAUUGAAAAUAUUUAUGAUAGUGAGCCAAAUUCAGCUGGAAAGAAAAAUUUUGAAUACAGUAAACAAGACUAA